UUCCUUAAUCACACUAAACACGUGAUCAUUCCUUGAUCCCUUCUACUCUUUUCCAGUUUCUCUUCACCAAAUGUAAAUCAUCUCCCAACCCUAACCUUAAUUCAAUUUCUCACUUGUUAAUCUCCAACAAAUGGAACACUACCACCACUCCAAUUCCGACAAAAACAUCAUUAAACACACGGAUCACGAAUCCGACAAACAAUCCUUCACAGAUGCACCAGACUCUUUUGAUCCCGAAUGUUCCAACAACACUUUGUUCCCUUCUGAUUCCACCAUUUCUAAUUCAGAAAAUAUUACAUUAGAUCACACUACAAGUUCUGACAAUCUUUCUAAAAAUGGAAAUGACAAUACUUCUGAAAUCACUAAUGUUAAUAAUGAUACCCAUUUACCUGUUUAUGGUUCCAAUUAUUUAUUUUCAUUAGGGAUUAAAAUGAUAGAGUUUCAAUUAAAUUUGUUAGUUAAUUCAAUCAUGUUUCCAUUACGGUUACCUUAUUAUUCGUAUGUGUUUAUGAUCGACCCGUUUAGUACCCUAAACGUUGUAAAAGAAUAUAUAUUAACGAAUAUAUCGAGAUUUUCUAGUUUAGGAUUUGAUGGUGUUGAUAGGGUUAUGGAUAUGUUGACUAGGAAUAACGAGUCUUUGUCGAAGUUGUGUGUUCAAAUCGCGUGGGGGUUGUUAUGGUCGGUUUAUGUAGGUUUCGUUUUGGUUAGUUUGUUGAUUUUUGCGUUUGUUGUUAGUGGUGUCGUUUUGAAGCGUGUUUUGGAAGAGCCGGUAAUGAUUAUGCAGGAGUUGAGUUUUGAUUACACGAAAGAUAGUCCUACGGCUUUUGUACCGUUGAUGUCAUGCCCAGAGUCGUCGUUUUUGGAAUGCAGUGAUUUGAUUGGGCCCGGAGAGGGCGACGAUUAUCGAGUUAUAUCUCCUGGUCGUAAAGUGUAUGUUACGGUAUUGUUAACAUUGCCAGAGUCGUAUUACAACAGAAACCUUGGGAUUUUCCAGGUCAGAGUAGACUUUCUUUCUGUUGACGGCAAACGUCUUGCAAGCACUAGACAACCGUGUAUGCUCCACUACAGAAGUCAACCCAUCCGCCUUAUAUUGACCUUUUUAAAGCUAGCACCCUUAAUCUCUGGCUACUCAUCGGAAUCCCAAACACUAAACAUAAAAUUCAGAGGAUAUACAGAAAGAGAUGACCCUUUGUCCUGCUUGAGGGUAACAUUGGAACAACGAGCAGAAUAUACAAAAGGUGCAGGUGUUCCUGAAAUAUAUGAAGCAUUUUUGAAGAUAGAGUCGCAACCACCCUUCUUAAAAAGGAUUUUGUGGUCUUGGAAAGGGACAGUGUACAUAUGGGUUAGUCUUAUGAUCUUUCUGAUCGAAAUGUUGUUCACUCUUGUAUGUUGUACUCCUAUGAUUGUUCCAAGGCUACAGCCGAGGAGUGUUUCUGUAAAUGCUAACGCAUCUCGAAACACCCGUCCAGUUCCAAAGUAGAUUGCUGGGUAAAUGUACAGAAAUGGCUAAACUGAACCUGCCGUUGAGUCAUAUAGAGUAUACUGUGUCUGUUUUGUUACAACCUAACUCAUAAGGUUCGGGUAAUUUUAUUUUUUUCUGCUGAACAGAAAGUGCAGAUGUUGUCAUAAUUGUAUGCAAGAUUCAUGUAUUCUUUUGUAUAUACUAAUGUUCUCUUGAUGAUUCAAAA